AUGUCCACGGGCUCCGGGAGCGAGGCGGAGGAGCUGCCCGAGAUGGACCUGAGGGCGCUGCAGCUGGACUACCCGCCGCCGCCGUCGGCGGCCAAGCGCCAGCCCCGCGGAGAGCUCUACCCCUCGGGGGAAAACUCCUCGGCGGCGGAGGAGGAGGAGGAGGAAGAGGAGGAGGAGGAGGAAGAGGACGGCGAGGGCAGCUGCACGGCGGGGCCGGCGGGCAGCGGCUGCAAAAGGAAGCGGGCGCGGGGCGGCGGCCCCGGAGGCAAGAAAGCGGCGUCGGGGCCGCGGGGGCCGCCGCCCGAGGGGAAGCAGUCCCAGCGCAACGCAGCAAACGCGCGGGAGCGGGCGCGGAUGCGGGUACUGAGCAAGGCGUUCUCCCGGCUGAAGACCAGCCUGCCCUGGGUGCCGCCCGACACCAAGCUCUCCAAGCUGGACACGCUGCGUCUGGCGUCCAGCUACAUCGCCCACCUCCGGCAGCUCUUGCAGGAGGACCGCUACGAGAACGGCUACGUCCACCCCGUCAACCUGACUUGGCCAUUUGUGGUUUCAGGAAGACCUGAUUCUGACACCAAAGAAGUUUCUACUGCCAGCAGAUUAUGUGGGACUACUGCAUAG